CUGCCCAACGCGCAGGGCCGGUUCGGCGACUACGGCGGGCGCUUUGUGCCCGAGACGCUGAUGGCCGCGGUGGAGGAGCUUCGAGUCGGCUACGAGGAGGCCCGCGACGACCCGAGCUUUCAGGCGGAGCUCGCGGGGCUGCUGGCCAACUAUGUCGGCAGGCCGACGCCGCUGACCUUCGCCGCGAACCUCACGGCGCACUUCGGCGGGGCGCGCGUCUACCUGAAGCGCGAGGACCUGGCCCACACCGGCGCGCACAAGAUCAACCACGCGGUGGGGCAGGCGCUCCUGGCCAAGCGCAUGGGCAAGCAGCGGAUCAUCGCGGAGACCGGCGCGGGACAGCACGGCGUCGCCACGGCGACGGUCUGCGCCCUGCUGGGCAUGGAGUGCGUGGUCUACAUGGGCACGGAGGACAUGCGGCGGCAGCAGCCGAACGUCUACCGGAUGGAGCUGAUGGGCGCAAAGGUGCAGCCGGUGGACAGCGGCUCGCGCACGCUGAAGGACGCCAUCAACGAGUGCAUGCGCGACUGGGUGACCAACGUGCGCACCACCUUCUACCUGCUGGGCAGCGUCGUGGGGCCGCACCCGUACCCGAUGAUGGUGCGCGACUUCCAGGCCAUCGUGGGGCGCGAGGCGCGGGAGCAGGCGCUGCCGCUGAGGGCCGCCUGCCCGACUACGCCGUCGCGACAUCGCCGGGCGACGUACGUCUCGGCGACGGACGACGAGGCGCUGGCGGCGUUCUCGCUGCUGUCGAGGCUGGAGGGCAUCAUCCCGGCGCUGGAGCCGUCGCACGCGUUGGCGCACGUGGCGAAGCUGGCGCCGCAGGCGGGCCCGGACAAGGUCAUCGUGAUGAACCUCAGCGGACGGGGCGACAAGGACCUGCAGGAAGUCAUCCGCGUGAUGGGCGAGCGGCAGAGUCCAGAGGGAGCGGCGUAA